AUGACUGUCAAAAAGGGACAACCUGCCCAAGGCGUUGUCACUAUCACAUAUACGGUACGCGAUGAAGACGGAUUUUAUAACGUGCUUCAAAAUGAUUACGGUAUCCUCAAAGACUGGGUUAUUCAAUACAAUAAGCCACAAGGCGAAGUGUACCACAGCUGGCUAAAAAAGGCUGCCAAUGAUGAUAUCAAGGUUCCUAAUCUCAAGUCUGUGAUCGAAACUACAGUCCCCAACAUCACAACACUUCAAGCUGUUAUACUCGGAAGCUUCACGGAGAUGCGUAUGGGGGCCACGGAUGCCUCCGACUACAGUCAUACACAUGCUGUUGUAUGUUGUCAGUAUCUCUAA